AUGACCUCCCGUAUGACGAAAAGGGUGUCCAUUGUUUCCAUCUCGGAACGGAUACAGACAUCGUUAUCUAAACCUAAAGCAUCGUAUGGAUGUAGACACACGCAGGGCAUUUUGAUGGCUUUGGGUUUCUUCUGUUGCUAUGCCAUUAGGGUGACCACAUCGGUGACGCUAGAAGCUAUGACCAAUGCUUCCACUGCAAAUCCUGCUUUUCCACAAUUUUCAUGGGACGAAAAGAUCAAGGAUGUAAUCCAGAGUUCCUUUUUUUGGGGAUACGUGUGCACGCAAAUCAUUGGCAGCAUGGUGGCGCAACGGUGGGGAGCUCAUAAACUUUUCUCACUGGCACAAUUCGCGUGCGGUUUCGUAACGCUUUUAAUUCCCGUGCUUGCCGAACACGCAGGAUGGGAAGCGUUUUGCGUUACCAGAGUGAUCGCCGGUAUAUUUCAAGGCACCGUUCUUCCGUGUCUUCACGCGUUGCUCUCAAAAUGGGCACCGAUAGAAGAAAGAGGAAGAAUAUCGACAUUCGUGUAUGCCGGAGGUUGGAUCGGAAAUGUAACUUGUUUACUGAGUACGGGUCUAUUGGCUGCUUCUCCUUGGGGAUGGCCUAGUUGUUUUUACGUUUGGGGCAGCAUAACUAUCGUUUCCAGUCUUUUGUUCUUCUUCAUCGGUUACGAGUCACCGGCCGAACAUCCAAAUAUACCUCAAGAUGAAAAACAAUAUAUCGAGAGUAGUCUUGGAAUGAUAGAAAUGGAAGAAAAAUUAUCAACCCCUUGGAUCAAAAUACUUACUAGUCGUCCAAUGUGGGCAUUAAUGGCUACUCAAUCUGCUCACACUUGGGGUUUCUGGAUGCUUUUAACGAAAAUCCCAUCGUAUUUUCAAGCGGUAUUUAAGGUUAACAUUAAAGAAAAUGGUCUUAUGAGCGCAUUACCAUAUUUCACAGCCUGGCUAUUUAGUUUUCCCGUAAGCUUUAUUUCGGAUUUACUUAUCAAGCGAAAGAUCCUCACUAUUGAAGCAUCGAGAAAGAUUUGUAAUACGUUCGGUGAAUGGGUACCAGCGCUCGCAUUAAUAGGUCUUGGAUAUGUUAACAAAGACCACUCUGAAAUAGCAGUGGCAAUUUUAGUAAUUGCUGUUACUAGCAAUGUUGCUAUUUAUUGUGGACACAACGUCAAUCAUAUGGAUCUUAGUCCAAAUUUUGCCGGACCAUUGAUGGGUAUCAUAAAUACCGUAGCGAAUGUUUUUAGUAUUUUGGCUCCGUUAAUCGUCGGUGUUAUCGUUCAUGACAAGACUAAUGUUGAAGAAUGGAGAAAUGUAUUCUUUUUAACAAGUGUAAUAUAUUUCGUUGGAAAUUUAAUUUUUAUCGUGUUUGGUACAUCUAAAAUUCAAAAAUGGAAUGAUCCUAAAACACAGAAAGAUAUCGCCAUGAAUUCUACAAACGAAUCAUCGGUGGAAAAUGGAAAUGUACAGAAAACCAAAGAAUAUUGAAAAGAUGGCUUUUUAUAGAAAAAGAAUCGUGAUGGUGUUAUGAUGCUAGACAGUAUAAAUAUUUAUCAUAACUAUUAAUAAAAUGUAUUAUAGAUGCUGUGAUCGAACAAUUCAAUAUCAUCAUUUUCAUUAUUUUAUGAAUACAUAUGAAAAAUGUAUCAUUAUUUUAUUUGUAAAUGCAUAUGAUUUUUAAAUGUGCAUUGUAUAUAAAUAUUUAUGUUAUAUAUAAAUAUUAUUAUAUUUAAUAUUUAUUAAAUUAAAGAACAGUACGCAUGAACGUAUUUAUGCAAGUUUAGAAGAAUUUGUUACUAUAAAAGUACAAAUGAUCAUAAUAUAUCAACAUAUUUAAUUAAGAUAUGUUACUCUCUCUUAAGAUGUUGUUUAGGCAUAGAUUUCCAAAUUGUAUGUAUAAGGAAUACUGUACAUAAUAUUGUUAAUAACAAUGUUGUAUAAGUUACCAGAGGUAA